AAGAUUAGCAUUCAGUCGCGGAAUUCCUUAUGAGCACAUCAUGGAUUGCACCGAUGGAUGUAGUUCAUCCGGAAUUCCCGGCGCUACAUCUUGCAGUGCUAUUCCUCCUGCUAAUGUUUCUACUGCAACCAUAAUAUUCAUCAUUACCGCAAUUUUCGAACUUGGCUCGUGCUUCUCUGCUUUUAUUAAUGUGCUUAUCGAAGGGUUCCAAACUAUUGGAAAUCAGCAAGGUGUGGAAGAUAAAAACGAUUCAAUAGCUCCACUGUCGUUCCUCAUCCUAAUAUUCUACGUAUUGCUCCACAUUAGCGGUUACAACGCAAAUUAUAUCAAUAGUCCAGUCAGCAAAUGCCAACUGACGUUUACCGUAUGCGGUUUUCUUGUGGUACUCAGUUCAGCAGUGAUUGCUAUGGCUGUUCAUCAAAAAGGCUCAGAAAAGCAAAGGGGCUACACUGCAAUAGCAUGUACCGUACUACAAUGUAUCGCAAUGGUUAUCUUCAUCAUAUGUGCUGUAAAACAGCAAUGUUUUGGCACGUGCCGCAAAAGCACUCGAAUAGGCUUCUACGUUGUGGGUGCGAUAUAUUUAAUCUGGACUGUAGGGUAUCUCUUUACUUUGAAAGAAUUCUACACAGCUGUAAUGAGCGAGCCGAAACUACAAUCUGUUUCAUGGGAAAAGUUCCGUUGUAUUGCCCCAAUUAACUACCUUAUACAAAUCGCACUUACAGUUAGCAUUUACCAGAUCAAUAUGUGCUGUUUACCUUUUACAUACGGAGAUAUGGUCUUUGUAGUUGUGUCGGGUGCGCUGGCUGGUACUUUCGUCAGUUUGCUUACAGUCAUCCUUGGACUUACCACGUUUGAGAAGAUUAGCAAGUAUCCUAGGACAGCAAUACUUUACGUUUUGACCAUAUCAUUGUUAAUCUAUAUCCAUUGGGGUCAUCCAUUCUCUGCCCAGCUCAAAGAGGAAGCGGUAGGGGUGGCUGUCUUAGGUUCGCUAUUACUGGUAGUCUUUGUGGUCCCUCCAACAAUGUUGGGCUAUCAAAUGUAUAAGCAAGAUAAAUCCAAGGAUGGUAAAAACCAGCAAAAUGUAUCCAAGUGGGAUGACGUUGACGUAAUGAUACCACUAGGUAUAUAUGUGUUUCUAGUUACCAUAGGAUUCGUCUGGUACCUUCAUCAAUGCGGCAUAACAGAAGUCGUAGUAUUUAAGUUGAGGGGGCCUAACUCGGUGGGAGGCGUUUACAAGUAGGAAAGAAGAUCCGUAUAUAAUGACCAAUUGUUGAAAUAUAGCAACAUAAGUGCCGGAAGGCACCACGGAAGGUUAAUGAAGUUGGCUCAAAGAGGCAACAACUUCAUAUAAACAAGAACAUUGCAGUAAUGCGAUAAUGUAGUAAUGGAUGUUAUUUACACGAUACGUAUACCUCCAAAUAAAUGGGGUUGGGUAACAUCCACAACCACCUUAUGGCCAACAUAAGUCCUACUUCUCGGUGUUUUUAAUAGCAAUAUCUG